AUGAGGCCGCGGCGUCAGGUGGUGACCAUCUUGACGGGUGCUGGCAUCUCUGCAGAGUCCGGCUUAUCGACAUUUCGCGAUAAGAACGGUUUGUGGGAAAAUCACCGCGUUGAGGAAGUUGCGUGCCAAUACGCAUUUUUGCGUAAUCCGCUGCUUGUUCAACGUUUUUAUAACGAGCGACGAAGAGCGCUUUUUUCAGAUUGCGUCGCACCCAAUCCAGCGCAUUUGGCUCUCGCCAAGCUUCAACGAGAGUACCGUGGAGGCCGUGUUGUGUUAGUGACGCAGAAUGUUGAUAAUCUUCACGAGAGUGCGGGAUCUGUAUCGGUGCUGCAUAUGCAUGGGGAAUUGCUGAAAGUGCGUUGCACAGUGACGGAGGAAGUGUUUGAUUGGACCCAAGACGUGGUGCAUGGUACGAGCCGAUGUAAGUGCUGCAAUGCAGUGGAUACGUUGCGACCCCACAUUGUGUGGUUUGGUGAAAUGCCGUUACACAUGGAUGAAAUAAAUGCGGCGGUGGAAGAAACGGAUCUUUUUGUCGCCGUUGGGACAUCCGGCAACGUGUACCCCGCAGCGGGAUUUGUGACGCGGGCGAGAGAAAAGGGGGCAAGGACGUUGGAGUUGAAUUUGGAUUCGGGAACGAAUGUCAGUGAAUUUGAUGAAUCCAUCUAUGGGAAGGCCUCAGUGAUUGUACCGGCGUGGGUGGAUAAGCUCCUUCAAGACGCGGUGUAG